AGACGAGAGACGAGAGGAGCCCGGGGCCGCACGGCCGCGCCGCUCCUCCUCUUCCUGCGUCCGCCGCCAUGGCGCCGCGCCGCGUCGCCUGCCUGCUGCCGCUUCUGGUAGCGGUGGCGAGCGCGGGGCUGGGCGGCUACUUCGGCACCAAGUCCCGCUACGAGGAGGUGAACCCGCACCUGGCGGAGGACCCGCUGUCCCUCGGGCCCCACGCCGCCGCCGCCCGGCUGCCCGCCGCCUGCGCCCCGCUGCAGCUCCGCGCCGUGCUCCGCCACGGCACCCGCUACCCCACGGCCGGGCAGAUCCGCCGCCUGGCCGAGCUGCACGGCCGCCUCCGCCGCGCCGCCGCCCCGUCCUGCCCCGCCGCCGCCGCGCUGGCCGCCUGGCCGAUGUGGUACGAGGAGAGCCUCGACGGGCGGCUGGCGCCGCGGGGCCGCCGCGACAUGGAGCACCUGGCGCGCCGCCUGGCCGCCCGCUUCCCCGCGCUCUUCGCCGCCCGCCGCCGCCUGGCGCUGGCCAGCAGCUCCAAGCACCGCUGCCUGCAGAGCGGCGCGGCCUUCCGGCGCGGCCUCGGGCCCUCGCUCAGCCUCGGCGCCGACGAGACCGAGAUCGAAGUCAACGACGCCCUGAUGAGGUUUUUUGAUCACUGCGACAAGUUCGUGGCCUUGGUGGAGGACAACGACACGGCCAUGUACCAAGUGAACGCCUUCAAGGAGGGCCCGGAGAUGAGGAAGGUGUUGGAGAAGGUGGCGAGUGCGCUGUGUCUGCCGGCCGCGGAGCUGAACGCAGAUCUUGUACAAGUGGCUUUCCUCACUUGCUCAUACGAGUUGGCUAUAAAAAAUGUGACCUCCCCAUGGUGUUCGCUCUUCAGUGAAGAGGAUGCUAAGGUACUGGAGUACCUGAAUGACCUGAAGCAAUAUUGGAAGAGAGGAUAUGGCUAUGACAUCAAUAGUCGCUCCAGCUGCAUUUUAUUCCAGGAUAUCUUCCAGCAGUUGGACAAAGCAGUGGAUGAGAGCAGAAGUUCAAAACCCAUUUCGUCACCUUUGAUUGUACAAGUUGGACAUGCAGAAACACUUCAGCCACUUCUUGCUCUUAUGGGCUUCUUCAAAGAUGCUGAGCCUCUCCGGGCAAACAAUUACGUGCGCCAGGCGCAUCGGAAAUUCCGCAGUGGCCGGAUUGUGCCUUAUGCAGCCAACCUGGUGUUUGUGCUCUACCACUGUGACCAAGCGAAGACCUCGAAGGAGGAGUACCAAGUGCAGAUGUUGCUGAAUGAAAAGCUAAUGCUCUUUCAUCACUCAAAUGAAACCAUCUCUACGUACGCAGACCUCAAGAACUAUUACAAGGACAUCCUUCAAAACUGUCACUUUGAAGAAGAGUGUGAAUUGUCCAAAUUCAAUGGUACUGUUACUGACGAACUUUGAGGGAAUGAAAUGGAGUGGCUGAUUUGGAAACCGAUCUCAGUUUUCUUCAACAGACGUUGUGAACAAGCACUUUGGAUGAAAUGCUGCUGCUGUGUUGACUCUCGAAGCCUGCAGAUUUGGUGGCCGUUAUUUACCUGGGUUGUCUUGGUCAGCUUAGUACACUGUUUAUUUAUUACAUAAGAUGAAUGACAAGACCAGAUUCUGUAACAGGGAUGUCCCUGAGCAUUGGUAACAAAUGUGGUGGAAGACAAAGUGUUCCCGUGUAUUUAUGUGUACAGAGAAGUAAUUUCCUAGGUCAUUCCUCUUAUCAAUGUGCUGUAGAUAGAAUUUAGAGCUGGGAUAACUGUUUAUUUUAUCUGAGCUGAAGGUGCUUGAACUAAUUCAGUAUUGCUUUGUGCUGCCUUCUUGCUAGCUCUUGUUUUCCUAUGGCAGGCAUGAAAUAACAGAAACCUGUGAGCUUUUUUAACUCCUUUUCCUGAGCCCCUAGCAGGGAGAGAAUAUAUGCUACUUCUCUAUAGCUGCCCAACUUUUGCCUGGACAGCACCACAUGAGCAUCUCACUCUGGCACUGACAGCAGAAGGAGUUGGCUGUGUGCAUUGUCUACCUGUAAAGGGAUAAGGAUUUAUGUUUCUUGAAUUCUCAUCGACUCAUCCAGCACUGCAAGUGAGCCAUCACGGUAAGUAAAUUCUCCUGAAAGAGAAGGGAGGAAGAAUGAGGGAGUGGGAGAUAUUUCAGAGCUCUUGAGAGGAAAAGUGGCCAUGCAGCAGUUGUUCUCUAAGCAGUCUGGUGUUUCCUUUCACUUGACACCAUCAAUUACUCGUAUUAAUGUUUGGGCUGGGGCAUUCAGGUGAGGCUCUGCAAGCAAUUUGAACGUCUUGGUCCUCCUCAAAUGCUGAAACUUCUCUUAGAACUUCUGGAGGUCUCCAGUGCAUCCUGCUGCUUAGAACAGGAUAGGUGCUUACCCUAAAUCUGGGCAGGCUUCAGACUGUGAUAAGUAUCUGGCUGGGACUUGACUUCUGCAAGCUUAAAGGCACAGAACCUGGUAUCGCUUAGAUAGGCCUUGUCCACUCGAUACACCAGCUUGUUCUUGAAAUUGAGCUGAUUUUAAAGAAAUUAACUGCAUAAAGGUACUGGCUAUCUCUGAGUGUAUCUGCACUUAGAGCAGAUUUACUUGCUGCUGAGAAAGUAUUUCAGAGUUCAACAGUAGAGCAGAAAAAAGAGAAAUCAAGAUAAUUGUCCAGAAAUGUCCAAAAUACAGCAAGUCAAAUAAAAAUCCCUUUGUUGCCCAGAAGGGAACGGUGGUUGAACAGGCUGUCCCAAAGCAAAUGCAGGUGUGGUUUUAUGGUGCUGGUAGCUCCUGACAUAUGUGUGCCCUAUUACAAGUGCUCCAGAGCUCAGCCCAUAAAGUGAGGGGUAUUUUGCUGUGUUGACUGGGGAGAGGGUGAAAGGGUGGUAUAACCUGUUACCACAGGAGUGCCAUAGGCACUAUAAACAUUUAUACCCUCAUUUACUUGGGUAGCCUCACCAGCAAAACUGAAAACUUAACUGAUGGAGGGAAAGGAAAGAAAAAGGGAGAGAAACCUGAACUAGUUUAAAGUUUAGAAGUAAUUGCAGACUUAGUUCAUCUUUUUUCCUAGAGGACUUGGACUUCUGUCACUUUAUUUUUUUCAAAUACACCUUAUAUAAAAACACUUCUGAGUUUACAUAUUUUUAAGUUAAGGAGCAACUGAAAAACUGUUUUUUAGGAUAUCAUUUUAUGAGUGAAAUCACCAUGAGGAUUUGUUUGUCUGUUUUUGUUGUUGUAACUUAAGUACUCUUCACGGAGUAGGACGUAGGUUCUGUUUCCUUAGUGCACUGACUUCUAUGGAGGCUGUGGUUCUGCUCAGCAGAAGUACUGAUUAAAGCUAGUGAAUAUUUUAGCACUGAUGUCCUGGUAGAACUCUUGCAUGUUUUAGCUCUGCAGGUCUUUUUCUGAAGCAGAGGAGGUGGCUAGGGAGGACAGCUGUACUGAAACACCUAUAGGAAUAUAGGUCAGGAUGAUUGCCAGCUCCAGCAUAUGACUUUUACAGCCAUUUUAUAUCAGCUUUGUCUCCUUUUUAGUGUGAUCCUGCUUUGAGACUGAGUCAGUUGAAUGUAGUUACUGUGACAGGUGCCUCUUACGAACUUUAUUGUAAGGCAGUGUUUGAGACAAAGCUAUGAAGAAAGAAACUUCUGUGUAUAGGUGGUGAAAUCUGGUAAAUAGCAGAUGUAAGGUUGAGAAAAUUCACCUUUGAACAUUUUUUUUUUUUUGGUUGAGUCAUCCUAUGAUCAUUCACGAUAUGAACAGAAGAAAUGCAAGCUUUACUGCUGGAGAUAAGUGGAAGGUUUCCGUUUGUCUGUUCUGUUACCCACUGUCUUAAAGAUACUGUGUUCUUUGCAGAGGAAGAAUGCAUUGCCCUGUUUUUUCUUAGAUCGUGAACCAGAUAUGUUGGAAGAACCAAACAAUUAUUUUUGUGGUGAGGCAUCAUUUGUUUCUGCAUUAAAGGUGGUAGCUUGGUAGAACAACUCUGUGCAAGGGAACAGACUCUUCAGAGACUGUUUUCUGUUUUGCCUUGGCUUAGGGGUCUGACCCUUAGGGGUCUUUAGUGUAACGGGUGUACCUGCAGUGGAUAUCACCAGUUAACUGAGAGGGAAAAUGUGCAAUUUGGUUUGUGAUCUGUAUGUAAAGGCUGCCCCCACUCACUCAGCUGGCAUAAUUAGAGACUGAGCAUGGAAAUCUUGCACAACUGCUGCAGCAGCUGUGUUGGGAUGUUUACGUGUGCUGGGCACUUGUUCAUGUGACUAAUUCUGACUGCUAGGGAUAUGACUUCAGAUGACUCUGUUAUUUAAAAAGAACAAAAAACACGCAUCUUCAAGCAACCAAAAAUAAAUUUGUACGUAGAUUAAAAAGGAAAACCAAGCAGGAUCGAUGUAUUUCCAUGAAGUUGGGCACUGGCUCAGCAAGGCAAUGCAAACAGGCUGCCACCUCUCAUGGCACUGCAAGUUGGCCCAUCCUGGAAAAGCCCUGCAAGGAAAAUGAUGCCUUCGCCUUCUGCACGCAGCUCCAAACAGAACCCCUCACCUCAGGCCUCCAGUGACAACUCCGUGUGUAACUUCACCCAAACUGGAACCUUUCAUUGAUGGAAGACACAGAGUGUGUUCUUGGAUGCUGGCAUUAAACACACUUGAAAUAUAUUUAAUUUUGGAUGUCUACAGCUUUACUAAUGUUUCUGGAAAACUUAUUUUUUCCUUCUAGUAAGUAUUGUUGCUGUAAUUCUGGCUGGCAUGGAGCUCUCUGAUUGCUGCAUGCAACAUGACUUUGUGAUACCAUGGGACUGACUGGAUGAAUUUGGAUAACUGGUUUUAGAUUUUCAGUGCUGUGAAAUAAAACUGCACACCUUCUUCGCCUGUUUUAUGAGCAACAAUAAUGCAAUAUGUAGCAUCAUGCCUGUAUCCUGCUUCAAACACAUUUGGCAGACUGCUGUUCCUUGCAGUGUGUCCUGGUGUUUUGAUUCUUCGCACUGCUGCAUGCUUAAUAUUAAAGUACAUUAAUUGACAUUUCACUUUCUUAUUUUGAUUUGGGUUGAAAACUUACUCUUUUUUCCAGGAGCACUGAUUUGAAACCGAUGAUAGCCUCCUGGCAAGCUUUUCACAGGUAUUACCAAAUGCCUGGAGGUGUCCUGCGUUCUGAAGUGAGCAAUGCACGUCCUUCUCUGCGGUCCAGGAUCUGAUGCAGUGCUAUUUUCUUAAACGUUAUCACUCUCUCAUGUGAAAUCAAAGCUCAUUUCAUAAAGAAGAAUUAGAAACAAACCUCAUGCAAUGCAUUCUAACCUGUCCUUUUAUAGAUACUAACAGAUACUCAGUCAUGAGGGUCUUCUGUAAGUUCAUUAGUUCUCUAAUUCUCUA